AAAAUUCUUAGAGGAAUUCUUAUCUGUUCACGUCCCGAGCUUGGGUUGGCAUACCCAAUACUCGAGAGUGAGCUUUGGAAAUGAGAGAUAUUCUGAGGUUGUGGCUAGAAGUCAGUAUCAAGGCAUGGUUUUGACACGGGGGCUCCUAGGCCUGCUUGUUAGCCCGCUUCUUAUUACAUCUCUAGGCAUUGUCCUAGCACGCCAGCGACCAAAUGGGCUUCGCAACCCGUUUGAACUCGUUAGGGGUCUAGUAGGGCGAGCUCUAAAGAAUUGAUUGAACGGUGUCUUUGCGAGUUUAACCUCAUUUAUCUUAUGCAUGGUUAUCGCCAUCAUGCAAUGGCUUUUAGGCGCUAAAAGCCGAGCUCCUGCUCCCCCACCGUAACCUGGCGCAAUGUCAGCAAGAAUAUAUAAAAGAAAUAACAAGUCUUUCGCAUUGUAUACCAAGCCAUAACUUCAUCCUUCUUCAGAAAAAGCUUCACACUCAAAAAUCUCAAUUCCCACUUCUUCACGAUGUCUUCCCCUUUCAAUCCAUACGCAGAACAGCACAAGGAUCCGAAAGGUCCCGAGGAUGGACGGCCGACCGCUUUUCAGGUCCUUGAAGAUAAUAAACUUCUUCAAGCAUGGCCUGACAAGGUUGUGCUAAUCACUGGUGCCACAUCAGGUAUCGGCAUCGAAACCACGCGAGCAAUGUAUGCUACCGGCGCUCGUGUCUUCAUUUUAGUCCGCGACAUUACGAAGGCGCAGCCCAUUGUAGCCGAUAUCAUCAAGUCCACCAAAGGAAACGGCAGUAUUGAAAUCAUUGAGAUGGAUCUAGACUCUCUAGACUCUGUCAAAAAGGCUGCUCAGCAGUUUCUUCAGAAGUCUUCCAAACUUCAUGUUCUCAUCAACAAUGCGGGUGUUAUGGCUUGCCCAAGAACCAUCACCAUUGACGGAUUCGAGCGACAAUUCGCUGUAAACUACUUGGCACAUUUCACUCUAACGACGCUUCUUCUACCAACUAUGCUAUCCAGCAGCUCGCCCACGUUCAACUCCCGCGUAAUCUGGGUGUCUUCUUCCGGGCACCGCCACGCAACCGGCAAGCCUGAUCUCGAUGACCUCGGCAUUCUGGACCACUAUGAGCCCUGGGCUGCCUACGGCCAGUCUAAGACCGCCAUGAUUUGGGCUUCCAAUUACAUCGACCGGACUUAUGGUCCUCGCGGAGUCCAUUCCAAUGCAGUACAUCCUGGCGGGAUCCUGACCAAUUUGUCGCAGUACAUGACUAAGGAGGCGAUCGAUGCCUUCACGGAGGAUGAGGAAGCGAUGAGACAAAUGAAGUCGGUCCCGCAGGGUGCGGCGACGCAAGUCUGGGCUGCUUCUGCUCCUGUUUGGGAAGGCCAGGGAGGCAAAUACCUCGAAGACUUGAAGGUUGCCGAGCCCUGGUUGGGCGCAGUCUCUAAGAUUGGGGAUGGAUAUGCUGCGCACGCGUAUGACGCGGUCAAUGAGGAGAAAUUGUGGGAAUUGAGUCUAGAACUGGCCAAGAUUGAGAAUCCUUAAUGUUAUGUUGUGAUGCAUAUCUAGAGUGUAGCUAGUGUUAGCCUAAGUGAAAUUGGAUUAUCAAUCGAUUAUUACCGGCAACUUUCAGCUCAGUACGUGGUCGAAUUGAUCGUUUCAAAGCCUAUCGUGACGUGCUACUUUGUUUUGACCCCUUUCGAGCUUCGAUUAAUAAGCUUCCGCAACAUAUCACUUUGAGCAUUAGGUAGUGAUAGCUAUACACCAUAAAUAGAUUUCAUCUCCUUCGCU